AUGUCUACGAUAAUAUCCACAUUUCCUGAUAUUGAUGCUUCAAACAAACUGGAUAUUGUUGAUUGUCAUCAUCAUUUAUGGGACAUAUCAUCAAAUAAUUAUCCAUGGUUACGUCCCGUUGAUCAAGGUGGUACUCCGUCCCAUCUGGCUGGUGAUAUAAAUAAAUUGAAAAAAUCAUAUUUAAUCGAUGAUUACUUGUACGAUACACGUAAUUUUAACUUGUUGAAAUCUGUUCAUGUACAAGCUGAAUACGAUCACCAAGUGAAUGAUGGAUGUGGUGAAGUAGAAUAUUUGCAACACGUUGCUGAUCAGUCUCAAUAUCCACAAGGAAUUGUUGCUUAUGCUAAUUUGUCAUCUCCAACUGUCGAACAUUUGUUUCAAAAGUAUACGACUGCUUAUCGAAACGUAAAAGGUAUUCGACAACUGUUGAAUUAUAUAGAAGGUAAACCAUCUUUAUGCAUGAUCGAUCGUGGUGAUUAUUUAAAGGAUCAGAAAUGGUUAGAAGGAUUUUCCCUUCUUGAUAAGUAUAAUUUAUCAUAUGAUUUACAUGUUUAUCAAUCACAAAUGGUGGAUGCAGCUGAAUUAGCCCGUCAAUAUCCGCACACGCCGAUUAUUCUUGAUCAUUGUGGUUUACCAUAUGGAGGUGAUACACUCUUUGAUGAUUGGAAACAGAAUAUGGCUAUACUAGCUCAACAGUCAAAUGUCUCUUGUAAAAUAUCUGGUUUAGUCAUGUUUCAACAUAACUGGUCACUCAGCACACUGAAACCAUACGUUGAUUACUGCUUGAAUAUAUUUGGCUCCAAACGAUGUAUGUUUGCUUCAAAUUUUCCAGUGGAUAAACUAAACGCCACGUUUGAUGAACUAUUCGAAGCUUAUUUCAAAUUGGCAACAGAAGCUGGUCUCACAUCGGAGGAGAUAAAACAAGUAUUUUGCCAGAAUGCCGUCAAUUUUUAUAGAUUGAAAUAG